AGCGGUGGCCGUAAAGCGACAGAGCGGAACGACAACAGCGUUGGUGGCCCCAUGGAAUCGCGCUUCACCCGCGGCAAAUCCCCACUGCUGGAGCGCCCCCUGGGCCGCCCGCGGGGGGAGGUGAGUCUGAGCGCCUUCGCUCUGCUCUUCUGCGAGUUGGUGCAGUACUGCCAGCGCCGGGUCUACUCCGUGGCCGAGCUGCAAUCCAAGCUGGCCCAACUGGGCCACCAAGUGGGCCUCCGCCUCCUGGACCCCCUGGUGAGCCGCGAGAGGGGGGGGCGGCGCGAGACCAAAGUGCUGAGCGUCCUCCUGUUCGUCAAGGGCCCCGUGUGGAGGGCCCUGUUCGGGAAGGAGGCCGACAAGCUGGAGCAGGCCAACGACGACGACAAGACGUACUACGUGAUCGAACGCGAGCCUCUGGUCAACACCUUCAUCUCCGUGCCCAGGGAGAACAGCACCCUCAACUGCGCCGCCUUCACGGCCGGCCUGGUGGAGGCCGUGCUGGGAGCCAGCGGCUUCCCGGCCAAGGUGACGGCGCAUUGGCACAAGGGGACCACGCUGAUGAUCAAGUUUGAGGAGGGGGUCAUCGCGCGGGAUAAGAGCCUGGAGGGGAGAUGAGGGGCGCCGAGGCGUGGGGUGGGGGGAGGAGGGGGUCACCUCUUUGGGGGGGGGACGCUCGUGUUGAUGUUCAGAGCCAUUGGUGUCACUCAACGCCACCCGUUGUCCUCCGUUGUCUUCAUGUUGGGAUGCUCGUGUUGAUACGUGGCCCUAUAGGUGGUAUUGGGGCCCAUUGGGUGACCUUCAACGUUGGGUGUCCCUCAAUGGGGUCCGUUGUCCCUCCUGAUGGCACUCAGAGCUCUGUGGGGACAUUGGGAGCCAUUGGUGUCACUCAGCACCACCCAUUGUCCUCCAUUGUCUUCAUGUUGGGAUGCUCAUGUUGAUACGUGGCCCUAUAGGUGGUAUUGGGGCCCAUUGGGUGACCUUCAGCGUUGGGUGUCCCUCAAUGGGGUCCAUUGUCCCUCCUGGGGACAUUGGGAGCCAUUGGUGUCACUCAAUGUCACCCAUUGCCCUCCUUUGUCUUCAUGUUGGGACGCUCAUGUUGAUACGUGGCCCUAUAGGUGGUAUUGGGGCCCAUUGGGUGACCUUCGGCGUUGGGUGUCCCUCAAUGGGGUCCAUUGUCCCUCCUGGGGACAUUGGGAGCCAUUGGUGUCACUCAGCGCCACCCAUUGUCCUCCUUUGGCUUCAUGUCGGGUCGCUCGCGUUGUUACGUGGCCCUAUAAAUGUUCUGUUGGCCCAUUGGGUGA